UUCUUUUACUCUCUCUGCUGGACGGUCCAGAAACACACCUUACCUCCUCAAUCUACCUGCUUUCUCUCGCGAGCUGAUCCAGCAUGCAGCCUCUCAGGACGCUCAGCCCUCUCAUGCUCAUGAUUUUACUGUGUGCCAAGAUGACGGCCCCUGUAGUCAUGACCACCCCAGAGGCAACAACACCAACACCGACUUACCCAGAAGAAUCAACAUCAGCCGCCCCCAGAGGUUGCCCUCUCGUAUUGACACCUCCCAAAAUUGUGGUGAAAUUUGGAGAUCCAGCUACAGUGAACUGCAGCACAUCAGCCCCAGAUGCUGAGGUAAUGGGCUGGGAGUCAACAGUAGGAGGCACAGGGGUUGUAAAUCCACCGGCAGUCAUCUGGAGGGUUAAAAAACUGGAAGAGUGGACCAUAGAACCUAAGUGUUUCGUCACUACAGGACAUGAGCAGUGCCUUGUGAUGCCAGAGGUCACUCUUUACAAAACUCCCGACAUGGUGUCAAUCUCUGCAAUGAAUCCUGGACCGAUGGUAGAGGGCAAAGACUUUUUCCUGACAUGUAACAUCUCCAACGUGGCUCCUGUUGGGAACCUCAUAAUACAGUGGUACAGAGGCGUCGUACAUGUGCACAAGCAAACAAUUAAUAACACCAUUGUGACCCCACUCAGUGUGUCUCCUACCCUGAGAAUCACACCUAGAAGAAGUUUUGACCGAUCAGAGUUUCAAUGCAUUGCUGAGCUUCAUCUUGGACCGUAUGGUCCACAGCCAGUCCCGAAAAUGGCCUCAUUGCCUUACAUAGCUGAUGUGCACUAUCUCCCCAUUUUCAAGGAAAGUUACAUUAUAGAGAUUACCCUGGCCCAGGGUGAAAAUAUGACUUUUAACUGCACUGCUGAGGGCAACCCUUCCCCUAAGAUGCAAUGGAAGUUCCCCUCUGCAGUGAAUGUGAGAGAGACCACUGGGGGGCGCUACAGGAAUAUCAGCAUCAUUGGAGCCACGUCUACCAAUGCUGGUGUUUACAUCUGUAAUGCCACGAAUGACAUUGGGACUGUGACAAGAUCUGUCACAGUGAUAAUGCUAAGUAAAACUAGUGCGGCGCCCUCAUGGUAUAUAUGGGUUAUUGUUAUUGUUUGUGUGGUUGUCUUGCUCAGCAUCAUCGUGGUCAUAAGCCUGAAGCUUAGGAAAUGAAUGACUUGAUGGAUAUCAGUGUGGGGACUGAUAUCUUAAGAAAACAUGUUGUUCUAUCAGCAUGGCAAAAUGACCUGUAAAUUUUGUAUUUUCUAACCUUUUUUAAAACACAAAAUGUAACUAACUAUAGAGUAAUCUAGUGAAAAUAAUCAGUGAUCAGGCGAAUCCUAACAUUUAUUUUAAUUUGUCAUUCUCUAAAGUCUAACAUACAUUUUUAUCUUUUUAAAUAAA